CUGAUAAAGUUUAAAUCACGUGAUAGAUACUCUAUGAUCACAGUAUAUAAAUGGUUCCUACACAUAUACGGGCCAGUGUUUUGAUUUGGAGAUUUUCCCUAUUUGAAAAUUAUCUUGGAUCAUGAUAAACAACAUGUCAUCGAAACGAUGAAAAACCACGAUGAUGACAUCGUCAUUGUUGGGGUUGGAGGAAAGUUCCCCGGAGCAGACAACAUUGACGAGUUUUGGCAGGUAUUGCGUGAUGGCGAGAAUCACGUAAUAGAAAUUCCUUCGGACAGAUGGAACCUGGAAGCAUUUUACCACGAAGAUCCAGACGAGCCCGGAAAAACCUACGUAAGGAAAGCUGGACUCCUGAAAGGAUACGACCAGUUUGACAACAAACAAUUCGGCAUCAGUGACAUGGAGGCUGCCCGGAUGGACCCCCAACAGCGCUAUGUGCUGGAGUCUGUUCACAUGGCUCUAGAAGACGGCGGUAUUACUAAAAAGGAUAUACACGGAACGCAGACAGGAGUGUAUAUAGGUGUGAUGAACGACGACUACAGAAUCACGUGCUGUGACGACCUGAAGCGUACGUCCAACUACACGCUUACAGGAACGUCGCCAAGUAUUAUACCUGCACGUGUAGCCUAUACCUACAACCUGCUAGGUCCUGCCAUGACUAUAGAUACCGCCUGCUCCUCAUCCCUUGUCGCGAUCCACGUUGCAGCACAAGCCUUAAGAUGUGGUGAUUGUAACAUUGCUAUUAGCGGCGGUGUCAACAGCAUAUUGUACCCAGAUAUGUUUGUACCACUCAGCAGAGCCCGGAUGGUGUCACCGACUGGACAAUGCCAGGCCUUCUCCAACAAAGCGGACGGAUAUGCUCGUGGCGAGGGUUGUGGCAUUUUGAUUUUAAAGACGAGAAAACAGGCAAUGCUUGACGGGAGUAAAAUCUGGGCGUCCAUAGCAACGGGAAUUAACCAGGAUGGUCGGACAACAACACCAAUGACAGCUCCCUCUACGGUGCAACAAAUGAAUCUUCUCAAACAAGUGUACAGUGCCACUGGUUGUGAUCCGAGGACGGUCCAGUACCUUGAAGCUCAUGGAACGGGUACUCCAGUUGGCGAUCCAAAAGAAGCAAAUACUCUUGGGGAGUUCUUCGCAGCAAACAACGUUGAAGACGAUGAAUGUCGAACUGCUGUUCUCAUCGGCUCCGUGAAGACAAAUAUUGGUCACUUGGAGUCUGCAGCUGGUGUGGCUGGUGUGAUAAAAGUUCUCCUGAUGAUGAAACAUGGUAAGAUUGUUCCAUCACUUCAUGUUCAAUCGCCAAAUCCUAAAAUAGAUUUAGAAAACUACAAUUUAGAGAUAGCUCAGCACCUGACAGACUGGCCAUAUCUUCCUGGAGGUCGCACGAGGUUGUCGUGCGUCAAUUCGUUUGGAUUUGGGGGAACCAACAGCCAUGCUAUCAUCAAACAAGAAAACAUCGACAUGCCUCUAUGUCUUGAGACAAACAAAAGCAACAUGGUUAAACAUGUUAUCACUGUCUCAGGGAAAGAUAAACUGUCGCUUAAAAGGAAUCUUUUACAUCUGAUGCUGAAAGUUGGAUCAGCUAAAUAUUAUAUAGAAGACAUUUCCUACACAUCAACCUGUAGACGGGACCACUACCCAUACCGAAUUGCAUUUCAGACCUCCUCAUGCAGCGAAAUUCCAAAACUGUGCGAUGACCAGAUUAAACAGCUGGAUAUCAAGAAAUUUACAACAAUGAAGAAACCAAAUGUCGUCUUUGUCUUCUGUGGUGUAGGGACAACAUGGUUGGGCAUGUGCAAAGAUCUUAUAAGAACAGAAAUGGUUUUCCGGGAGACUGUUAAGCGAAUUGAUAUAUUCCUUACUCCUCUAGCUGGAUUGUCCAUGUUAGAAAAGCUGAUGGACGGUUUCGACAUCAACGAUCCACUGAUCGCUCAUUUGGCAAUUUUCACUUGUCAAGUUGCGCUUACCGAACUAUGGAGCCAUUUUGGGGUAAAGCCUGACGUCGUUGUUGGCCAGUCAGUAGGAGAGGUAGCGGGAGCGUACGCGGCUGGAGUUCUCUCGCUCCAAGAAGCAGUUGAGGUUAUCUACGUAAGGUCACAACUGCUUUCAAAAGCAAAUGGAGGGGCUAUGCUUGUGGUUGGCAACUGUGAUAUGGCUGUAGUGGAAGAUAUCUGUCAGAAGUUCAACGGAAAAGUGAGCGUGGCUGUUCGUAUCAGCCCGUUUGCUUGUACUCUAUCGGGAGAAAGCGAUGCUAUAGAUCAACUGAUGCAGGAAAAUGUCCUCAACACAGAGAAGAUACUGCUGAGAAAAUUGAAAGUCCCGUGUGCUUAUCAUAGCCACCGUGUAGAAGACGCCAGCGAGCUGCUGGAAAAGAGGCUGAACGGAUUUAACCCCAACAAUCAAACAAAAUGUACUCUGAUUUCAACAGUGACAGGAACACAUGCAAUAUCUGACGACUUUACAACGCCAAAAUACUGGAGACGAAACGUGAGGGAGCAAGUUUUAUUCGGGCAAGCCAUCAAAGAGGCAAUCGUAAAAGGCAAUGCGAACAUUUGCAUAGAGAUAGGACCGAAGCCAGUAUUGAAAUUCCAUUUGUCAAACAUAAUUGACAAGCAAAAUGCUGUUGUUGUGGCUUCUAUGUUGGGAAAUAGGGAAUGCGACUCUAUAAAGCUCGCCGUAAUGGAACUCUACAAAGGCGGAGUCGAUAUUGUCUGGAAAAACGUUGUCAGUGCUGCUAAAUUAACAGACAUUCCGUCAUGUCAACUUAACCCGACAGAACCACUGCUUUUCCAGUCCAACAUUACAUUAUUAAAUUAUGCAGGUGUGAACAGUCCUCACUUCAACCAUCUGUUUGUAGAGAGAGUAGGUUCCAAAGAAAUGCGAUUUCUGAUCAACAUGUCACCAUCAUCAACAUGGUUUCUGUAUGAACAUGUUGUAUCCGGAACAAUCAUGGUACCAGGAGCAAUGUACUUGGAGGUAGCGCAAGAAAUUGGAAAACACGUGUUUAAGACAGGAGAGAUGGCGACAAAUAUUUCCGCAAAAUAUCUGCAUCCACUGACCCUUAACAAGGGGGAACGCUCAACAGCAGACGUUAUUGUAAAGAAAUGUGAUGAUGAUUGGACGUGGUCGGUCAUUGUGUAUAAGAACAAACUUAAAGUAGCCAAGUGCCAGAUCCAGUUGGAGAAGCCAAUAAGAAGGGACAGAGUAGACAUAACCGCCAUCAGAAGACGAUGCGUAAGUAAGCAAUGCCCAUCGGAGACAUACACUGCUCUUACAAAGCUUGGCUUCACGUAUGGAAAGGACUUGAAAAUUUUAGGAAAUGCCAUGACGAAUGAUACAGAGUGUAUCGUUGAAAUGGAGCUGUCGGAGGCCGUUAUGCAGGAUACUUCAUGUACACAUCUACAUCCUGCAAUCUUAGAUGGUCUGCUCCAAACACCUGUGGUACUCAACAUGGGUAUUGAAAGCGAUGUGACGCUGCUACCAGGCGGGAUGGGCAGCUUUCAUCUUCGACAGCAGCCGGAAAGAAAGAUGCUUGCAUAUACCUUGUUAAUCGGUCAGUCGAAAAACGACUUCCGAUACAAUGCUCUUCUAUUAACGACCAAUGGAGAUGUAGUUGCAGAGGUGAAGGAUUACGUUAUUAAGUGCAUCGGAACGACGGAGCCAAAUCUAGAUAACCAUAUAUUGUAUCAAGUCCAGUGGGAGGAAAUAGAUAGUUUUCCGAAACCACCGCAAAUGAAACCAGAUGACAACAAUCAACACAAAUCUCUGUUGAUUUCUUCCUCAGAAUCAAAAGCAAACGUCAUUCAUUCUGAAUUAAAGCAAACAGAGAUAAUCCACGUAGAAACCAAGGAUGAAAAUUUGGAACUUAAAGUUACAGCUAAGCUGGAAAUGAAAGGACUCAGUUCUGUUAUCCUUAUAGCAGAUGGCGAGGACUGUAGCCAGAUGACCGGGGAACAAGUCAUGCAAGAGGUGUUGGAUAAUUCUAAAGCAUUACUUUCUAUAUGCAAAAUACUGGAAAAUCAAAACAACACUCACAUUCCUGUUCUCAUUAUCACCGAAAAGGUUCAAUCAGUGUCCAAUUCAAACAGCACCGUGAAGAAUGUUAUUGGAUCAGAACUAUGGGGAAUUGCUAGAUCAGUAGUGCGUGAAAGCCCGCUCAAUCUGACACUUAUUGACAUACACACUUCUCUGCGAUCCAGCUGUCCUGUUCUUCGAGACAUUUUGAUAUUCAAGUCACCAUUUGUAAGCAAUGAGUGUGAAUUACUAAUCACUGAUAACAGCUUGUAUUGCAACCGGAUUGUCAAACUGCAGGAAAAAUUAAACCCAUAUAGGUGGAAUUCACUGGCUGCUGGAGAUCCCGUUCGCAUAAAAAGUACACAACCAGACAGCACGAACGAUACGUUCUACACCUUACAAAACAAUGCAGAACUUGAGUCAGGAGUUAUUCUGCAUAUUGACACGGCAGUUCUACAUGACGAGAACUUUUCUCCGUUGACGCUACAGCUCGCCGAUAAUGACGUUCCAGUUUGGCAAGACGACAAAGAGGACGGAUAUGACAUUCUGACAUAUGAGGUUAGUGGUACAGUGACGGAAACCACAAAGAAUAUUGCAAACGAAAGUACAACAUCAAGCCGAUGGGAAGGGAAAUAUGUUGCUUGCUCAUCACUUACCGUGCAAAGGGAAACCACCAUUCCUAAAGGCUCUUUGUUAAGGGUUGAUGAUCAGCCGAAUUACUUCCCGGGUCUCCUUACAAGAGUAGCAUUACUGUUGCAGAUGAAGGAACAGUUGCUUGAAGGGAACACCUUUCUUCUUGCUGAACCAGACGAUAUUGCUGUUGUGAUUGUACAAUCCAUACUUUCAGAAGAAAACCAAGCAGCCCAUGCAACGAUUGAUGACCUGAUUGCUUCUCCAACAGCGGGGAUUGAAGCCACAAAUUUGAUCGUUCUGGAAUCCACAGAUGUUUUUAAACUUGGUAUGGCACUAUGCAAAUUUAAAGAUUUACAACUAGUAGUUGCAACAAACGUAAAUCUCACAAGGGUUAGCAUGAAAUCCGUACAGAAUACGAACCCUUCAGUUUGCUUCAAGGUCCUCAGCACAGAAGAAAUGCUAAGUCCGUAUGCGCUUGGAAAGCACGUUCCUCAAGCAGUAAAGUGGCUCCGAAAGAACAUGUCCAGGAUGACUUUUUCCAGCUUUAAAAAACCUACGGUACAAAUUAUGCGGUUGCCAUCGCAAAACCAUUCCGAAGCUAAUGUCAAAGUCACACAGAAUCAAUUGUUUCGAAAGAACAGAUGCUACAUCGUUGUAGGAGGAUUAACAGGUUUAGGAUGGGAAAUCGUGCAAUGCAUAGCAGCUGAAGGUGCAGGAAUGAUCGUGGCGCUGGCAAGAAAGCAUCCCAACGCUGAUAAAAGAAGGGAUAUUGACGUUUUACAGGUCAAACAUCGGGUACAGAUUAAGACUUUCUCGGUCGAUAUCACCAACAUAAAAUCCUUGCAAGGCACAUUUGACAAGAUUGAUGAAACAUUUGGCAAUGAAGCAGUGAAAGGAAUCUUCCAUGGCGGAGCUGUCUUAGAAGAUGCACUGUUUAUAAAUCUGACUGAAGAACAGUUAAGGAGAGUUCUUCUGCCAAAAGUCCUCGGAAGUUGGAACCUUCAUGAAAUAUCGAAACGAUAUGCUUUGGACUACUUCAUCCUUCACUCAUCGAUAUCAUCGAUAUUUGGGAACACAGCUCAAAGUAACUACGGUGCAGGGAACGCCUUCAUGGAUUCUCUUGCUCACUUCAGAGUUGGACAAGGACUAACAGGUUUAGGGAUCAACUGGGGACCCCUACCAUUAGGUUUACUUGACCAUAUGGCAGUACGAGAGGAGCUGCAGCGGCACGGGUUUAACUGUCUCAAAGAGCAAUACAUACACGAAUACCUCUUGAAAUCUCUCAUGAUGGACAAAACCCAGAUUACCAUUGGUUCUUUCCAAUGGAAACUCAUUGACCAACACUUUGUUGAUUCUAUUCCAAUGCGAAGCAGGAGAAGAUUCAUAAAUGUAAUUGGCGACAGUCCUGGAGAAAAUCUGCCGAAUUCGAAGUAUCUGAUGCCGACCUUGGACCAUGAUCUGUGCACCCGCGAAGGAAUUACUGCAUGUGUGAAGGACAUUGCUGCAAAGGUCUUGCAAGUAGAUGUGGACGUCCUUGAGAGUUCCUCAAAUCUAGCCUCUGUUGGAUUCGAUUCGAUGCAGGCGAUCGCAUUUGCUAAAAGCAUACGUGAUUUCACAACUUACAGAAUCCCUAUUGUCCGGCUGCUGAGCGAUUCAACUACUAUUUCAGAUAUAGUAGAAUAUCUUCACUCUCGUUUACAAACAGUGAAAGUUAUCGGCGGCAUUGAGAAUGUCGAUGAUAUCACGGAAGAGAAUAUAUAAAAAACAGUUUUAAGAAUCCUUACCCCACUCAAUUAAUUAUAUUUAAUUUCUCAUACCCAAAGUCAUAAAUUUUACAGUUAAAAAGUUACAAAACCAAACUUAUGAAAAUUCUAUCUUUUUGCAAUGCGAUUAUCAUGGUUUCUCACAACUUUAUCCUGACUAUGUUGACAGAUAUAUAGAACAUCAUUGUAUCGCAGCAACAAUGCACAAGGAUACACUUAAAACAACAAUGUGAAUUCAUAAAGAUACAAAAAACUAUCAAAGCGUCAACACAAGGAUAAAAUACAACAGUGUAUCACAGUGUCCACAUGCAAGGAUGAAAUAGAAUCAUAAUUAUUCAAAUCAAGGAUGAAACACUCAAUGUAGCAAUCACUCCUCUCUAUCGCCGACUGGUGAACAAUAAGCUUGGUUUGGUAUGUAUUAAGUUAAAUACAAGUGGUUUGUAAUUUCCGUAUCAGAAGAAAACUGACGAUUGUGUGGCAUUAGAACUUCUUUCUGGGUAUAGUAUAAAUGAAGUAAUUGAGUACAUUUGUAUAAGGUAAUUCAACACGAAUUUGUAUUAUUAUGACGUCAUAGAUUUAAUAAGUUUUAUGACGUCAUAAUUUUAGUUCGUAAUUUCCUCCUCUUCAAAAGAAGAUGGAAGUACCUAAAUUUAGCAUUGGCUUUCUCCGUUAAAGACGUCAGGAAGGCCGAACUAUUUGGGCUGAUAAUAAGAUUUCUUGAUAAGUUACAUUUUUAUCAUAAACAUUGCAGUUUCUUCUUCAUUUUUGUGUUGUCUUUUUCAUUUUUGGUGUCCAUUUUGUUUUUUGAUUGACCUUGAGGUCCGUUUUGGCAUUGAUACUUUUAAAAGUCAGAUAUGUUCCUUAUUGUACAUUUUUGUAUGUGUUUGAAUAAGGAUACCAAAUGUAUAGAAAUUCAAAUCAAUGUAACAGAUGUACUGUUCAAAUGUCGUUUUCUUAUAAUGACUUCUGAUGUUUUGUCAUUGUUAGUGUUUUUAGCGGUUUAGAGUCGAUACACCGGCCAUUUGAACACUUUGCUUGACAAAGGGAACACGUUUUCGAAAACUUACAAAAUAAGUUUUAAAUUCCUGUUUGUGAUCAAAACAAACUUAACCUUGGUUAAUCUUAAGAUUCUCCUGUUACGUAAAUUUUAAAAAUUUUAUUGUCCCCAUAUUUAUGGGCCUUUCCUGUAUAUAUGUAAAUAACGUUUUUAUAUGUUCUCAAAUGUAUUGGUUGCUGGUUAAUUGUUUAUCCUUAAUAAGUAAGAUGUAUUCAGUUGUUAAAUACUUGAUGAGUGUGACACACGGAUUGUUAACAAUCGAAUGAUUUGUAGGACUAACAGACUUGAUCCUUGGUGAUCAUUUGUAAAUUUAGAAGUUUAUUUGCUGAUAAAGAUAAUAACCUAAGUGUAUAAAACAGAGAAUGGCACCGCCAACAACUCCGAGCUGCGUUGUUAUGAGUUUGUUCUAUAGUAAAAAGCAGAAAGGAGGAUUCAGUGUGUAAACAUAACGUUGAGUGACGUAUAAGAAACGCAGUACAACAUCUUAGAGUCGUUGGAGGCACUAUCCUUUGGAAACACUUCUCUGGUUAUAUCAUAUUAGAAUGUUUAUUGUCUGAAUUCAAACAUGUAUUUACACAUUUAUAAUUUUCUUUGUCCCUUUCUGGUUCUAACAAUGUAUUACUAAAAGUUUUAUCGAAAGUAGUCAACGCUAUGUAUGAUUUUUUUUCAUUUUUCAUUAACAUGUUAUGCCGAAUAAAUGAAAGAAAUUAUUUGUAUAAUACCUCAUCAACAUUAUAUAUGUUAAGCACUUCAGUGACAUGCUUGUUUAGUGUCUCAGCGACAUUCUGUGGCUGGAAGUACUAACUACGUCAUUUGCAUGAUUUUUUAAUAACAUUUCAGUGAUUUAAUUUAUUCAAAAAUUUGAAACGUAUAAUCUUUUUGAAGUUAAGUUACAUAAUAUGUAAAUAACAACAGUGAUGUGAUAUGAAUUUUGUUGCAGUGACAUGAUGGAUAUGUAUUUGACUUCAGUGACAUGAUAUGUGUUUGACUUCAGUGACAUGAUAUGUGUUUGACUUCAGUGAUAUGAUAUGUUUUUACUGCAAUGAUAUGAUGUGUUUUAGACUACAGUGAUAGGCUAUGUAUUUGACUUUAGUGACAUGAUAUGUAUUGGACGACACUACAGUAACCGGAUAUGUAUUGGACGACACUACAGUGACCUGCUAUGUAUUUGACUUCAGUGACAUGAUAUGUAUUUGACUUCAGUGACAUGAUAUGUAUUUGACUUCAGUGACAUGAUAUGUAUUUGACUUCAGUGACAUGAUAUGUAUUGGACGACACUACAGUAACCGGAUAUGUAUUGGACGACACUACAGUGACCUGCUAUGUAUUUGACUUCAGUGACAUGAUAUGUAUUUGACUUCAGUGACAUGAUAUGUAUUUGACUUCAGUGACAUGAUAUGUAUUUGACUUCAGUGACAUGAUAUGUAUUGGACGACACUACAGUAACCGGAUAUGUAUUGGACGACACUACAGUGACCUGCUAUGUAUUUGACUUCAGUGACAUGAUAUGUAUUUGACUUCAGUGAUAUGAUAUGUUUUUACUGCAAUGAUAUGAUGUGUUUUAGACUACAGUGAUAUGCUAUGUAUUUGACUUUAGUGACAUGAUAUGUAUUGGACGA